AUGGAGAGUGCACAGUAUUUAAAGUCAGUUCGCACACAUUAUCUCAAUAUAUUAAAGAAAGAAAUAUUAUGUGGGAAAGAUAUACUUAAAGAAGAUAUGUGUUAUACAGACUCAAAACAGUUAGGAAUGAGAGUUAAUAAGUGUUUGAAGAAACUACAAGAGUAUUCCACAAAGCUUCAAGACCAGUCUGCAAAGUUAGCUUCAAUUGUCGGGGAAAAGGAACCAGAAUUUAUUGAAAGCAUUGCAGAUGAAACUUGCGAAAUAUGUGAUGAAUCAUUUGACAUAUGUUGUUCUCUGCAACAGCUCGAGCAGGAAGCAUUGGAUUCGACAAAGGUCAAAAGUCAAUCACAAGAAGAUCAAAUAAAGAUGACAUCCACGCAAGAAGAUAUGCAGAAAAUGUUUGAACUCCAAAUGAAAUUACAGGAACAAUUUUUUGAAAGACAAGCCGAAAUGAAGUAUGGACAAUCAACCAGUUUUAAACUACCAAAAAUAGACAUUAUGCCAUUUAAUGGUAAUAAGCUUAAAUGGACAGAAUUUUGGGAUUCGUUCGAGAGUGCAGUCGAUAACAAUAGCAAUAUUCCAAAUAUUGAAAAAUUCAAUUAUUUAAGAAACAAGCUUACAGGUGAAGCACGGAGUUCAAUAGAAGGACUUACCUUAUCGAAUGACAAUUAUAAAGUGGCACUAAAGAUUUUACAUGCCAGGUACGGAAAUAAACAAGAAAUUAUUGAUUUGCACUACAACGCUUUAAUGGAUUUACCUCCCGCACAAAACAACACCUACAGUUUAAGGACUUUUAUUGACAAAAUAGAAAUACAUAUGCGCAGUUUGGAAGUUCUAGAAGAGGAGUUAAACCAAAAAGUCUUUGUUUCCAUGAUCAGAAAAAAAUUGCCCCAAGAAGUUCUUUUACAAAUGGAACUUUUGAAGGAACCAAAAUAUGAAUGGACCGUGCAUUGCCUACGAGAUGUGCUAGAGCGAUACAUUGAAGCAUUGGAGAAAACAAAAAACAUUCAUCAAAAUCCACUGAAAAGAUCAGAAUAUAUAACAGAUAAAAAUAGUCAAUAUCGCGACCAAAAGACAGCUUCAUAUGGAUUAUCAGCCAGACCAAAAUUAUCCAAGGAAAUGUCAAUGAAGUGUGCAUUUUGCAAUAACACACAUUGGAGUGAUGAAUGUCAAAAAUUCAAAACAAUUGAUGAAAGACAAAGACAAUUGAAAGGUUGUUGCUUUAAAUGUUUAAAAGAAGGACAUUAUUCAUCAGAUUGCAAAACAACAAAGACAUGCGUAUAUUGUGGACAAAAGGAUAUUCACCAUCGAAGCCUAUGCCCAAAACGUUUCUUAAGAAAGGCUGUGCAUGAAAGUAUUAAUUUGGCAGAGGAAGAAAGUUAUCCAUCAACAAAGCAAGAAGAUACAGAUGCAGGACAGACUGAAAAUGUUUUAUUGACAGUUAAAGAAACAGUGCAAAUGCAAACAGCACAAACAGAGUUGAAACAACCAAACAGCAGAGAUAGUGUUAAAACGAGGUUGCUUCUUGAUUGCGGAUCACAAAGGACUUACAUUACACAACAGAUGGCAAACAAACUGGGACUUGUACAUGAAAAUGAUCAGGAAAUAAGAGUGGUAACUUUUGCAAGUGAUAAAACCAAAGUAAUUAAAACUAAAACUACAAAGGUUGAUGUUAAACUUAGUGAUGGGACAUAUAUGACUAUUACAGCAAAUAUAGUUCCAAGAAUUACAGCCACAAUUCAACGACAACCUGUAACAAUAUCUGACAAGGAACACUUUAGAAAUUUAACACAAUACAUAAAGCUCGCUGAUACAGUUCCGACACAUGUUGAAUCAGACACAGUAGAAUUACUUAUUGGAAAUGACUUCUAUCUAGAAUUUGUGUUACACGAAAAGAUCAAGGUUCAGCAAGGACUUUACCUUCUAGCAUCUAAAUUAGGCUGGAUUCUUACAGGGCGCUCAGAAACAGGCGAUUUAACCAAAUCUUCAGAUUUAAACAUGCUUAUAAUGACAGAGGAAAAUUACAAAACAUUUGGAGUAUUAAGAAGCAUAGACAACUCAUUACAGAGGAAACCUGAUCUAGAUGAUUUCUGGAACCUUGAAUUUAUUGGAAUAACAAACAAAAAUGAUGCUAAGAGGGUUGAUGCAGAUGUGUUGGAACGUUUUAAAGAAACACUAAAGAAAGGAAAAUGGAAGAUAUCAAGUAAAAUUGCCUUGGAAAGAUGA